UCUUUCCCAAACCAUCUCCUCCUCCUCCUCCUCCACAGCUACCAGAACUGUCUGUGACUGUCCGUUCGCGUGCAUGUGUGCGUGGACCUAUGACACGUAACUUUGUGACCGGACAGGACACCCCACUGUGGACCAGGCGAACAAAGACAAAACGGAGAAUUUCGCAGCAUGGAGGCGAGGGACGCAGCGGCAGGUGCUCACGUGAGCAGUGAUGGAGAGAAACAAACUGCAAAAAAAAGUACGGCUCCAAAGAAAGACAAAGCACAGACUAAAAGCAGAAUGGAGCAGAUUUUUGGGUUCAGGAAAGAGGACCUGACCUCCUGGCAGAACCUGGUGACCCUCCUGAAUCGUCCCACUGACCCGGCAUCCCUCGGCAUCUUCCGCUGCUUGUUUGGUUUGCUGAUGGUCAUCGACAUCACACAGGAACGAGGCCUCAGUCAUCUGGACUACAAGUACCUGGACGGAGCUCCUGUGUGCCGCUUCCCCCUCUUUAACUUUUUGAAGCCUCUGCCGAUGGACUGGAUGUAUCUGGUGUACGUGGUGAUGUUCCUCGGCGCCUUGGGCAUCAUGCUCGGCUGUUUCUACCGUCUCUCCUGCCUCAUGUUCAUCUCAAGCUACUGGUACGUCUUCUUCCUGGACAAAACGACGUGGAACAACCACUCCUACCUCUACGGCCUCAUUGGAUUUCAGCUCACGCUCAUGGACGCCAACAGAUACUGGUCAAUCGAUGGAUUGAGGAGACCUUCCAUAAGAAACGCUCAUGUGCCUCUGUGGAAUUACACCUUGUUGAGGACACAGAUAUUUCUAGUGUACUUCAUUGCUGGAGUGAAGAAGUUAGAUGCUGACUGGGUGGAGGGAUACUCCAUGUCCUACUUGGCACAUCACUGGCUUUUCGAUCCAUUUAAAGUAAUUCUUCCCGUGGAGACAGUAAAUCUGCUGGUGGUACACGGAGGAGGUUUGGUUUUGGACCUGAGCGCCGGCUACCUGCUGUUUUUUGAUGCCACUCGACCCUUUGCCAUUUUCUUUGUCUCCUACUUCCACUGUAUGAACUCUCAGCUGUUCAGCAUUGGAAUGUUUCCCUACACUAUGCUGGCCACCAGUCCACUCUUCUGCUAUUUUAAUUGGCCCAGAAGAUUCUUCUCCCAUUUCCCAGCAUUCUGCAGGGCGGUCCUGCCGUUCACCUCACAGGAAAUGCAGCCCAGCUCCUCUUGUGUUUACCCUGAGGUCCAGAGCACCGGCUCUGAACGUAGUGAGACUUCUACGCCUGUCGCCAAAGCCCCCAAAAUGAGACUGAAGCACAAGCUGGCAGCCAUUUUUACAAUUAUCUACAUAAUUGAACAGCUCUUCCUGCCGUACUCCCACUUCAUCACACAGGGUUACAACAACUGGACCAAUGGCCUGUAUGGCUACUCAUGGGACAUGAUGGUUCACUCCCGCAGCCAUCAGCACGUUAAGAUCACCUACAAAGAUGGGAAAACGGGAGACAUCGGAUAUCUGAACCCAGGGGUAUUCACACAAAGCCGUCGGUGGAAAGACCACGGGGACAUGCUGAAGCAGUACGCCACGUGCCUCAGUGACUUAUUGCCUGGGUAUAAUAUUACUGAUCCAGAAAUCUACUUUGACAUCUGGGUGUCCAUUAAUGAACGCUUCCAACAAAGGAUCUUUGAUCCCCGCGUGGACGUCGUGAAAGCUGACUGGUCACCGUUCCGGCCGAACAUGUGGCUCAUGCCUCUGCUGGUGGAUCUGUCACCUUGGAGGACCAAGUUCCAGGAGAUUGAGGGAAGCCUGGACAAUCAGACAGAGAUCGUCUUCAUAGCUGAUUUUCCAGGUCUCCACUUAGAAAACUUUGUGAGCGAAGAUCUCGGCAACACCAGCAUCAACGUGUUGCAGGGCCAAGUAAAGGUUGAGAUUGUAGAUGAGAAGAAGAACUACAGUCUGCAGAGUGGCGAGCAGAUGAAGGUACCUGCCGGGGCUUAUCACAGGGUGCACACGGUGUCCGAAAACCCUUCAUGCUACAUGUAUAUCUAUGUCAACACUACAGAGGCGGCGCUGCACGAGAACUUCACCAAGCUGUUGGAGCUCCAGGAGCGCAUUCGCAAUGGGACAGAAACUGAGCCGCUUCCUCCGGAGCUGCAGCCUCUCGCCGCGGAUGAUGAUCAGGACGAGUCGGAGAUCAACGUCACCGACCCGAUCGUGCGGCUGUUCCUGAAGAGGCAGCGCCGGAUGAAGGAAGUGCAAAAACGCAGGGAAGCCGGCGUGCUGGAGAAGCUGGAGCGGUUUACUGUGAAAAAGUACUACACAAUACGUAGAGGAUUCUUGAUGACGGCAAUUGCUAUGAGGAACCUGGCGGUGGGGCUUCCUCCUAUGGAACAGCUAACGAGGGAAGUUGCCUUCGCCAACAUGAAAGCACCUCAGGCUGAAGGAAACCAGGAUGAACGGCUCAAAGAUGAAGUUGGUCACGGAGAACUUUAAAAGCUUUUGCUGGAACACGUGUGUGUUAUUACUACUGGACUGUUACUGCACUGGGACAGUGUUGCCCAGAAAUCAAAGAUUUUUUAUUUUUUAUUUCUUACGCUUCUGAAAUAUAUGGCAUUUCAGAUUGUUUUUUCAGAAUUUUGUGAUAAUGUUUGGCUAAAAAACAGCAUACUGUACAUUAACUGUGCCGCGCACGAUUACAUUUCAUGUUUAUUUAAUUUUUACUGAGGAAAUUUAUAAAACAAAAAUAACGGCGACCACAUUUUAAGAAUUAUUUAAAGAUCAGAGCUUUAUGACGGUCACAGUUUUGCUGGAAUAUUAUAUACUGUAUUUGAUCGGUUAAUCCAUUAAUGCUACUUUGUUCUAAAUGAAGAAGUCGACCCAGAGGUGGAAACAUGUGACUGAAUGAUGAAUUAAUUUAAAAGGGGCCAGACUUUUAUGAAUAUACUGACAUGAAGAGGAUUAGAUUGGUCAAAUCCUGUAAGUAUGUUUCCAUGUUGUUGCUCAGCUUUACUUUUGGAAAGUGAAGCAAAUGUAAAGGUACAAUCUGGAGAUUUACAAAUGCUAUAUAAAUAUAUGUUGGGAGUGUAUUGUUUUUAGGGAAUAUACUUCUCUGUACUUGUCACCCUGUAAUGUGAUUUAAAAAAAAAAACACCAUCUUUUAAAGUCACUUUUAUAAUAAAGAAUUCUUGCUGUCAAAAAA